AUUUUCUUACUAAAGUAAUUAAACCACGUGUUUUGUCUAACAAACACCAAACCCUGAUUAUAUUCACACACACUUGCUGCGUGUUUUCUUCUCCACCUUCACCUCCAUUAAUGGCGGUACUCUCCCGUCUUCUCAGAGCCAGAACAACGACUUCCUACACAAUCCGCACCUUCUCAUCAUCCUAUUCCACAUCACCACCCCCUUCCUCACCCGAAAAUGACGUCAUUAAAACCCCUACCGACGGAAGAAACGUCCAGUGGGUGUUUCUCGGCUGUCCUGGCGUCGGAAAAGGUACCUACGCUAGCCGACUGUCGAAACUGCUCGGUGUUCCUCAUAUCGCCACCGGUGAUCUCGUUCGUGACGAGCUUAAUUCAAAAGGUCCCUUAUCGGAACAGCUUUCAGAGAUUGUUAACCAAGGGAAGCUAGUUUCAGAUAAUUUGAUAAUCAAUUUAUUGUCCAAACGUCUUGAAGCUGGGGAUGCCAAGGGCGAAUCAGGUUUCAUUCUUGAUGGUUUCCCUCGAACCAUAAGACAAGCUGAAAUUCUGGAGGGAGUAACAAACAUCGACUUAGUAAUUAACCUGAAACUUAGGGAAGAAGCAUUGCUUGCAAAAUGUUUGGGAAGAAGAACUUGCAGCCAAUGUGGCGGGAAUUACAAUGUAGCUUGCAUUGACAUUAAAGCAGAUAACGAAAAGCCUGCAAUGUACAUGCCUCCGCUUCUUCCACCUUCACAUUGUGCAUCAAAACUCAUUACACGAUCUGAUGACACUGAAGAAGUUGUAAAAGAACGCCUCCGUAUAUAUAAUGAGAAGAGCCGGCCAGUAGAAGAGUUCUAUCGCAAGCGUGGAAAGUUACUAGAGUUUGAUCUUCCAGGAGGAAUACCCGAAUCAUGGACAAAACUGCUUCAACUUCUAAAUCUUGAUGAUCAUGAAGAUAAAAGAUCUGCGGCAGCAUGAUUAUUUGGUAAUGGUCAUUUUGACUAAGUUUAUCAUUCUUUACCUUGGCAAAUGCAUAAUCAAAAUAUUUAUUCUUUAUACAAGAUGCUUUUUAAAAUGUCUGGAAUAAUUGUUCUUAGUUAAUAGUAGUAGUAAGUUUGGUGUAAAAUAUUGAUAAUUAUCCCUUUAUGAAUCUGUGAACAUUCUGGAACGAUAAAAAUUGGGUUAGUUUGAACAUCUAGAUGUACCUUUUUGUC